ACAACACUUUCUAUUUACCAUCCAAAAAUCUUAAAUCUCACAUCAAAAUCUCCAUUAAAAUGCAAUUGAAUCAUCUCCACAACUCAACACAAACAUCAUCUCAGUCACUUCUUCACAAUCACACCUACUGAUUCACACACACGAGAUCCGCUUCAAUUUUCAAUCUCGUCUCAGAUCUAAGCCGGACUGCAGUUUAUAUGUGUGUAAAUAUACACAGUGAUUGUGAAAAAUGUUGAAGCUAAAAGCGUUUCGGCCGACGAAUGAUAAGAUCGUGAAGAUUCAAUUGCAUCCGACGCAUCCGUGGCUCGUCACUGCUGAUGCUUCUGAUCAUGUCUCCGUUUGGAAUUGGGAGCAUCGACAGGUGAUUUAUGAGCUUAAGGCUGGUGGAGUCGAUGAAAGGCGUUUGGUUGGGGCUAAGUUGGAGAAACUAGCUGAGGGUGAUACAGAAUCUAGAGGAAAACCUACGGAAGCCAUACGAGGAGGCAGUGUUAAGCAGGUUAGCUUUUACGAUGACGAUGUGCAUUUUUGGCAACUUUCUCGUAACCGGUCUGCUGCUGCUGAGGCUCCAACAGCAGUGACCAAUGUCACUUCAGCUUUUAGUUCUCCUGCUCCAUCAACGAAGGGAAGACAUUUUAUUGUUAUCUGCUGCGAAAGUAAAGCCAUAUUUCUUGACUUGGUAACUAUGUGUGGCCGGGAUGUACCUAAGCAGGACCUUGACAACAAAUCACUUCUCUGUAUGGAAUUUCUUUCAAGGUCUGUUGUUGGUGAUGGUCCUCUAGUAGCUUUUGGGGGGUCGGACGGUGUAAUAAGAGUUCUCUCAAUGAUAACGUGGAAGCUUGCUAGAAGAUACACUGGAGGUCAUAAAAAAUCAAUAUCUUGUUUAAUGACCUUCAUGGCUUCCACUGGAGAGGCGCUAUUGGUUUCUGGAGGUAGUGAUGGUUUGCUCGUGCUUUGGAAUGCUGACCAUGGCCAAGACUCACGAGAACUUGUGCCAAAGCUGAGUCUAAAGGCGCAUGAUGGCGGGGUUGUAGCUGUUGAGCUAUCUAGAGUGAUGGGAGGUGCGCCUCAGCUCAUUACAAUAGGCGCUGAUAAGACUUUAGCAAUCUGGGACACAUUAUCUUUCAAGGAACUCCGACGAAUUAAACCUGUUCCAAAAAUGGCGUGCCACAGUGUGGCAUCAUGGUGUCACCCUCGAGCACCCAAUCUUGAUAUAUUAACUUGCGUCAAGGAUUCCCACAUAUGGGCUAUCGAGCACCCUACAUAUUCGGCUCUAACAAGGCCAUUAUGUGAGCUGUCUUCCUUAAUUCCUCCACUAGCGCUCGGAUCUCACAAGAAAUUGAGAGUUUAUUCUAUGGCUGCACAUCCAUUACAGCCGCACCUUGUUGCUACUGGGACCAAUAUCGGUGUGAUUUUCAGUGAAUUUGAUGCUAGAUCUCUACCAGCUGUAGCAUCUUUACCGACACCACCUGAAAGUCGAGAACAUUCAGCUGUGUAUGUUAUCGAAAGGGAAUUAAAGCUGCUAAACUUUUCGUUGUCAAAUACGGCAAAUCCUGCUCUUGGAAGUAACGGGUCCUUGACAGAAAAUGGAAGGUCGCGGGGAGAUUCGUCUGAACCGCUUCAAGUCAAGCAGAUAAAAAAGCACAUCAGCACCCCUGUUCCACAUGACUCAUAUGCAGUUCUUUCUGUGAGCAGUUCAGGAAAGUAUCUUGCAGUUGUAUGGCCUGACAUUCCUUACUUCUCAAUCUAUAAGGUCAGUGAUUGGUCCAUAGUAGAUUCAGGCAGUGCGAGGCUCUUGGCUUGGGAUACUUGUCGAGAUAGAUUUGCUCUGUUGGAGUCGGCUGCACCUCCUCGAAUUCCCUUGAUUCCUAAAGGGGGGUCAUCAAGAAAAGCCAAGGAAGCUGCUGCAGUUGCCGCACAAGCUGCAGCUGCAGCAGCAUCUGCUGCUGCUUCUGCUAGUGUGCAAGUUCGUAUCCUGUUAGAUGAUGGGACAUCAAAUAUAUUAAUGAGGUCUAUUGGUGGCCACAGUGAACCGGUUAUUGGUUUGCAUGGGGGAGCACUACUUGGUAUUGCAUACCGGACAUCGCGAAGAAUCAGCCCUGUUGCUGCUACUGCUAUUUCAACAUUCCAGUCUAUGCCUUUAUCAGGCUUUGGUAGCAGUGGGCUUACCUCUUUUACCACUGUGGAUGGCUAUUCUUCUCAUAAUUCUUCAGCCGAGGCUGCACCUCAGAACUUCCAGUUAUACAGUUGGGAAAACUUUCAACCUGUCGGUGGUCUUCUCCCUCAGCCAGAAUGGACAGCAUGGGACCAAACUGUUGAGUAUUGUGCCUUUGCCUAUCAGCAGUACAUUGUUAUAUCUUCCUUGCGUCCCCAGUAUAGAUACUUGGGAGACGUUGCAAUUCCUUUUGCUACAGGGGCUGUUUGGCAACGGAGACAGCUGUUUGUGGCUACACCAACUACAAUUGAGUGUGUUUUCGUUGAUGCUGGUGUUGCACCCAUUGAUAUAGAAACUAAACGGCGAAAAGAAGAGAUGAAACUGAAUGAGGCUCGUUCGAGAGCUGUUGCAGAGCAUGGUGAAUUGGCACUAAUUGCAGUUGAUGGUCCACAAACUGGAACACAAGAGCGGAUUUCUUUAAGACCUCCAAUGCUUCAGGUUGUGAGGUUGGCAUCUUUUCAGCAUGCCCCAUCUAUCCCUCCAUUCUUAAUGUUACCUAAACAAUCCAAAGUUGGUAGUGAAAGCUCAUCCAUGCCUAAAGAUACGGAUAGUAGAAGAGUUAAUGAAGUUGCUGUUGGUGGGGGAGGGGUUGCAGUGGCGGUAACUCGUUUUCCUGGAGAACAAAAACGGCCAGUUGGACCUCUUGUCGUCGUGGGCGUCCGGGAUGGUGUUCUUUGGCUCAUUGAUAGAUACAUGUCUACCCAUGCAAUAUCCCUCAGCCAUCCUGGAAUCCGUUGCCGUUGUCUAGCUGCCUACGGAGAUGCAGUUAGUGCAGUAAAAUGGGCAAGUAGGCUUGGCAGAGAACAUCAUGAUGAUUUAGCCCAGUUUAUGCUUGGGAUGGGUUAUGCUACUGAAGCACUUCAUUUGCCCGGAAUAUCUAAGAGAUUGGAAUUUGAUCUGGCAAUGCAGAGCAAUGAUCUGAAAAGAGCCCUCCAGUGUCUUUUAACAAUGAGUAACAGCAGGGAUAUUGGAAAUGAAACUGUUGGUCUAAAUUUGAAUGACAUUAUGAGUCUAACUGCCAAAAAGGAAGAUGUUGUAGAGGCAGUCGAUGGAGUAGUGAAAUUUGCCAAGGAAUUCCUUGAUCUUAUUGAUGCGGCGGAUGCUACUGCUCAAGGUGAAAUUGCUCGUGAAGCUCUUAAGAGGUUAGCUGCAGCUGGUUCAGUGAAGGGAGCUUUACGGGGGCAUGAAUUAAGGGGGCUAGCCUUACGACUGGCGAAUCAUGGGGAGUUGACUCGUCUCGGUGGAUUGGUAAACAAUUUAAUUGCUGUUGGUGCUGGACGAGAGGCAGCAUUUGCAGCUGCACUCUUAGGAGAUAAUGCAUUGAUGGAAAAAGCAUGGCAGGAUACCGGAAUGCUCGCUGAAGCUGUAUUACAUGCCCACGCUCAUGGGCGACCUUCUCUAAGGACUCUGGUUCAGGCUUGGAACAAGGUUUUACAGAAGGAGAUGGAGCAUGGUCCUUCAACAACGACAGAUGCUGCAGCUGCCUUCUUGGCUUCUCUUGAGGAACCCAAACUUACCAGUUUAGCUGACGCUGCGAAGAAGCUACCCAUUGAGAUUCUUCCCCCAGGAAUGGCAUCUUUAUAUGCUCCAAAUCCUGGUCAGAAAAAGACUACUGCUGGGAUUCAGGGAUCACUACAAGCAGCGAACAAGCCAUUGUUACUUGAAGGUUCUAAUUCGACACAGGGAACCACUCCUACAUCAGAAUCAGCUGCUCCUGCGGUAGCAGAAGCAGGAGCUCCCCCAGCUGUGGAAGCAGGAGCUUCUGCAUCUGCAGAAUCAGGAGCUCCUCCUACAGCAGAAUCAGGGGAAGAAUCAACAGCUCCUGCAGCAGAAUCAGGAGCUCUGCCUACCUCGGAAUCAGGAGCUCUGCCUACCUCAGAAUCAGGUGCUCCGCCUACCUCAGAAUCAGGCGCUCCGCCUACCUCAGAAACAGGCGCUCCUCCAUCAGAAGCAGGUGGUCCUCCAUCAGAAACAGGCGUUCCUCCAUCUGAAACAGCCGUCUCAGAAUCAGUGGAAAUACCAACAGCAGAAACUAGUGCUCGUCCAGCUUCAGAUACAGGCUCUAAUUUGCCUUCAGAAUCAACUAUUAGUGCAGCAGGACCCACAUCAGAAUCAAGUGCAGCAGUUACAUCAGAAACAAGUGAACGAAGUUUAGAUAAUCCAUCUAAUACACCUCCUGUAAGUGUUUCCGGUUUAGUAGCAACUGAAACUUCACUAACUUCCACUAGUAAUUUAGUACCUACUGAAGCUCCUUCCCAGUUACCCGUACCUAAGCAGAAUGUCCGACCUGAAUUACCUCUGGAUUUCUUUACUUGACACUAGCAACCUGAUGACGCUGUUGAUUUUUGGUAUAUAGUUUGUUGUUUGUAUCAUCAAAGAGGGGCUAUCAUUAUAGAGUACAAAGUGAAAAUAGGGUUUGCAUGGGUUUGCAUGGUUGCAGACGGGAAAUAUUUUUUAUUCGGCUUGACUUUUGUUUUAUAUCUGUAGUCUACCACAGUUGCUCCAUUCUUUUUCUGGGUCUAUUACUAUAUUUUUGUAACAUUCUCAUGCCAAUUUAAACACGUGGUUUCUGUUUUUGAAGCUAUUUAAACAUGUUCGACCA